UUUGGGUGUAUAAAGUGUGUAUAUUAAUGUGUACUCAUGAAAGUUGUACAUGUAUUGUUAUUAUAAUAUGGAUUUCUCCAACUUCCCAAUCGUGUGUCAUUGGGGAGAGAACAUAUCUGAGGAUGCUGGCCAAAUACGCCAUGAAGGUGGUAGAAGCAGCUUUGUCAUUGUUUAUCGUGGCGCAUGUUUGCUCGAGAUGCUGUAAAAAAAUCAUGUAGCUACACAGAUUCCUGUGAGCCGUUCUUUGCGUUUGAAAAUGAAAUUUCCCCUUAACGGGUGAUCAUACAUGCUUAUGCCACUUGAUGAUGAGCUAGAUGUCACAAAUAUGUGGUUGAUACUGCAGAUGCAGAGCAUGGUGUCAAUGCAGAGGACUCGUCAAAUGCUGCUGUACUGGACAUGGUUGUAGAGGAAGAGGGGAGGUAUUUGCACAAUGGUGCAUCAUUUUUUGGAUGACCAGAGAACUGAUGACGACGACGAUGAUGAUGACAACAACAUCAAUGAUGAUGAAAUGACUGAAUCUGAUGAAGAUGAUGGUGAUACUGUCACUGCAACUGCUCCAUCUAGCCACUUUACUAGACUGUAUGAUCUCCCAUCUGGUGGGCGUGGCCUCGAUGUUCAGGUGGAUAGGUGCCGCGAGCACAUCCGUGGUUUGCGGCAGGUGGAUGACAGAGUUGUUCUUCAACCACGACAGCGGCAUAGGCGUAGGCAUCAACAGCAACAUCUCCAUGACCAAGACGGUUAAGAAGACCAUAAGAACUUGUAGUUUGUCUUUUGUAUUGGAGUUUUUCAUGUACACUGAAUGCUGUAGAAACAAUUGACUUUAUUUUACAUAUUUC